CUCCCGGGCCGUGCUCCAGGUGCGGAGGGCCACGCCGAGAUGGUUUGGAUUCCGCGCGAGCCGGGCGCUUGCCGGUGCAGGGGCGGGGCCUGGCGGCGGCGUUACCAAGGCAACAGCGCGUGCGCGCGGCGGGGCGGGCCCUGGUUCCCGCCGCUCGGCUACCCUGGGCCCCCUGGCGUCUGCGGGAGCCAAAGAGGCAGCGCCCCGAGCCUCUGAGCCGGGGGUCGCGGUCGGGAGGUAGCGGGGCUGCGGCCCGUGGACGGGGCGCGGCCUCCGGGGGUUCCCAGCGCGGCGGCCCGCUGGCCCGCAGGUCCGGGCCAUGCCCCCAGACCCCCCAUCUCUAUGGGACCUGGUGAAGGAGCAUGUUCCCCUCCCCGAGCGGCCCGAAGUGAAGCGGAUUCUGGGCGAGACCACGGUGGAAUUGAGUCUGGAACUGCGGGCAGAGAUGAUGAUGCUGCGCUCCCUGCUCCGUGAGGCCCGAUCCUCCCGGGGCCCUGGUCGCCGCCCGGCCGCUGACCCUACCUCCCUCCUGGCACCGUCACCCCUGCUAAGGGACCUCCUGCGCCAGGAGCUCCGGCAGCUGCUCCAGGCUCUCCAGCAGAAGGCCAUCCGCGAGGGCAGGGAGCAGACCCAGGCGUGGGUCCAGUACAGCCCCCGGGUCCUGCACUUUGCCUUGGAGGAGCCCAAGUAUGACCCGCCGGCGCUUGAACGGUUCCUGAUGAGAGCUGAUGAAGCCAGCAGCCAGCCCAAGGACCUCAGUGUCAUCAGGGACCAGCUGAAUGUGUCCAGCAUUGACCAGGUGGCCCAGCACCUGCGGGGCCUCCUGAAGGACGAGUGUCGCAGCUUGGAGGGGGAGAUCCACCGCCUGCAGCGAUGCCUGGAGGAGGAGCACGAGGGGCCACCCCAGCCCUCGGAGGCUGCCCCGGACCUCACCUUGGCAGAGCUACAGGAGCAGAAGGCGGCCAUGCUGCGGGAACUGAAGGCCGCCCCCCCGCCCUCCAGCGUCCCCCACAGUCCCUGGCAGCAGACCUUCGGGUCCAGACAGGCCUUCCUACCUGUGCCUUGCCCCCGGGGUACCGCUGGAGUUUGGCCUCAGACCCUGCAGUGCUGUCUGCCUGCUCCUCCUCGGGAGAGCCGUCCCCAAGCCCAAGGCCUGGCCUCCACCUGCCGCUGGGGCCGGAAGCUUCAGUAUAACCCCAGGACCAAGCCAGCACUCCCAACAUUGUCCAGUGGAGCGCCCCAGGCCCCCUCUUGAAGUGUUGGCCACUGACCAGGGGGUCUGCUUCUGCUGGAACACCCCCCCCGCCCGCCCUCCUUCCCCAGCGCUGGCCGCAUCUCCGCUGCAUUUUCCCCUGCGGUGGGUGGGUGGGUGAUCACAACCAGGAAACCCCGGAGCUUUGUCUGUGUCCCCUCCACCCUCCCUGCUC